UUCCUAACUUAACUGUAAAGUAUAAACGCAGCUCGACGGACCAGUCGUAAACAUGAUGUGGCAGAUCGCGUAGCGGCCACUAAUAUUUUUAAGUUUUUUUCGUACAAAUGCCGAUACCGUCGGCAUUAAACAACUAUUAUGUAAUGUACACGUCGAAAAGUACACGCAUUAUAAGCCGUUUUCGUUCCGGACCGCAACCUAAGUACAAAAUACACGAAAACCCAAAUCCGUUUUGCCGAACUACAGUUUUUUCCUAAUUAGAAACGACCAAAUAAUUAUCGCAUCGCUUUUUAUCGGAAAUUUACCAAAGGCUGUGUUACACAUCGUAUAGUUUUAAAACGUUUCAGAAAUGGAUCCCGUUGUAUCAGAAUUCGAAGAGCUGAUGGUGUGUGGGUACUGCAGACAGAAAUUUAACGAUUCCGAACUGAGCCCGAAGCUGCUUUCGUGCAAACACUACUUCUGUUUACAGUGCACACGCACAAGUCUCACCAAGGGCCACGAAUUAUAUUGCGUUUACUGCUGGAAAAAAACCGAACUGGGGGAUUUGGGCCCGGAGUCGUUGCCCACGUACACUCCGGUACUCUGUUUGGCGAAGAACUUUUCCCAGUUGAAUAUCGGCAUAAAACCUCCCGAUAAAACACCAAUAACGCCUAAGAUUGGUUCGGAAAACUGCCACACGCAUGCGAUGCCUCUGGUUCUAUGGUGUCAUACCUGCGGUACCUCACUUUGCAGAGCAUGCGCGGCGACCGCUGAGCACGCCACUCACAAAGUUAAAUCUCAAACUGAAGCCAAAGAGCAUCUAGUGGCGGAAAUGCAAAUCGACCUGGCAUCGAUGAACAAGAUGCUUUCCGAGAUACAAAGACUGGCAAAGCAGCAGCGCGAAUUCCUGCUGAAGAUUCUUGAGGCGUGUGUAACGUUAAAAACUCACGUCGAAGCCGACCUAACGAAUAACGCAUCUCACUUCGAAAUCGGUGAGACUCGUGAUCUUUUGGCGAAACUCCGUUUGAACCUAUCGAUGGCAGAAACACUGUCCGACGUGCACAGUAUCAACGCGAACGUCAACAUGGAGAAGCACCGUCUUCAGUUGCGCUAUCAUGAAAUGUACCUGCAAUGUCAACUGGAUGACCUCAUUCGAAACUCAUCGGUGAUCUUCGACUUUCAGUUACUGAAGCAAGCGCUCAGCAGCAUCCAAAACGGCGAAGCAUUGUUCCCGGGGAAUUCCCGACUUCUGACUCCUUCGCAACAAAACCCCAUCCUUUUCUUAGCGAAUUAUUGUAUGUCCCAACUAUACUCUCGUCACGUGUUAUCUAAACAACCGAUUAACGGGGUCCUCGAUUACCAAAACCAUAAUCAAAACCACCAAACCUUAAACACGGUACCUCCUUUGAACUACCUCGCCCAUGCGCAUAAUCCUCCCCAGUUCGUCGCUACACCUAAAAACAUCUAUCAGGAUAAUAAUUUGAUGAUGCAACCGAUGAUGCCCUCCCCACAGCUGCGCCAACCCUCCAACGUAUGUCCGUUAUAUUUCUUUAAUAUUGAAGUAAACGGCACCCAAAUGGGUAGAAUCGUCAUCGAAGUGAGAGCUGAUGCUGCUCCAAAGAUGGCAAAGAAUUUCGCCGUGUUAACUACUGGGGAAAUGGGAAUGGGGUAUAAAGGUUGUCAAAUUUUCCAGUGUUGGGAAGGAGAAAGCGUUAUUACCGGCGACUUUGAGCUCAAUAACGGUAGGGGAGGUAGAUCGAUUUUCGAAGAAUCAUACUUCUUGCCCGAUGACACUAAGCUUGUUGCGUCGCGCGGCACAGUGGGAAUGCGAAGAACUCAAAAACGUCACGAUAACUUGGGAAUGGUAGGUUCCCAGUUCAGGAUUAUAUUACAGGAAAUGCGCGGAUUUACCGGAAUUUUCGGUCACGUUGUAGAAGGUAUAGAAUUAGUUGAAAAAAUUAGCACCUAUGGGGACACAGCAGGAAAACCGACUAAAAAUAUCGUUAUAUCGAAAUGUGGCAAACUUCAGUAAGUGUUUAGAGUAGCUACGUAGUGUUAGAUCUAUAGGUGUGACAAUAACAACACUGCAUAAUCAAACAUUAUGAUUUAAAAAACUUAUAUUAACGCAAAGUCAGAGUAGAUUGAAUCAGGGGAGCUGUUUGCCAAAUACAUAAUAAUUCGUAUGGAGAAUCGUAUAUUUUAGUAAUAUUGCGCUCGAUGGGGUACCGCUAAACUACUUAGACUUAAGAAAAAAUAUUUGGUGUAUUUAAUGAUAGAUGUUUUUAUGUGUAGCUUCAAACAUCGUCGCAAAUGGUGUAAUUCUAAGCUUAAACGAAUUUCGAAAUAUAUGUAUAUCUAUAUUUUCGUAUUAAAUAAUAGAUAUCGAAAGAGCAUAUGGACGGAUAUAUUUUAUUGUUGUCGAUCUUUAGCUUCUGAAAUUAGGUUUAUAUAAAUAUAUAAUCUUUGUUACGUUAGUCUACAGAGAGAACGAGAGGGAAGGUGUUAAAGAUAUCAGAGUCUAAGAAAAGCGUGGAUGCAUUGAUUCGGAAACGAAUACAUAGGAAAGUUUUAUAUUUUUGAACCCGUUUAUUAGGAAACAAAUAUAUUCUAGUAGCAUUGGUUCUGUAGGAUAUAUCAAUUUUUUUAUUACACAAACGCUUCCUUAUUCUGUAUUUAUUAUAUUAUUUGUAUAUGCGUUUGGCAACCGAUUUGCAUUGCUGAACCAUUUAUAUGUUAACUUUCCUGGAGUUGAUAAAGUUGGUUCGACUAUCAUAUUCGUUUCACAUCAGUAUCACAAAUAUAUACUUUGCACAAACAGGAACAACGUAUGCAUUGCACUAGAAAAUUGAUGUAUUCAAAUAAUUACGAAUACUACUACUUUAAUACAGUUACAUUCAAUCGCAAUUUGAAUAAGUGCAAAAUGAAAACUUAACUCAACGUGUAUUAUUUCGAUUUGGCAAAUUUGAUAUAUUUGUGAUACUUUAUAUUUACUAUUUUUGCUAAUGUAUAACAGGGAAAGCUUUCAAUGUGAAUAUUUGAGCGAAUGAGAAAUAUUGUCCAAGGAAGGCCUAAUAGUAGAAGUCGUAACAGAUCGUAAAAGACUGUUUGGUGAUAUAGAAAACGUUCUCUCGAGACCAAGCAGUAGAACGUAUAAUAUUUUGAUUCGAAACAUGCUAGUAUUUUUGUAGCUUUGCAAAAUACAUCCUUUUUUUAUCGCA